AUGGACAGACACUUGAGACCUCAUUUUGAGGAAGAUGACUACGAUGAAGAGGUACUUAACCAAAUGCUACGGAAUGCAGAAUCAGAAGAAGAUUCAGACGAUGAAGGAUAUGGGGCACUAUCAUUUGGUGCUUUAAAGAAUGCUCAAGACAAGAUGGAUAAAGAGGAACGCAACACUACAAAACAGCCUAAACAACCUAUAAAGAAAUCCAGAGAACAAAAGAAGCCGAUUGCGGUGAAGGAAACGAGGUAUGAUGAUAGUGAGAGUGAAAGUGGGAGUGAUUCUGAAGGUUUAUUUGAAGAAGAAGAUAAUAAUAAUAAUGGACGUUAUUCAACACAACAUGCUGAUGAUAAAAAGAAAAAAAGUAAACAUGCUCCAACGGAAGCCUCUUCGAAAAAACCAGUUUCUAAGAUAAGACAAAUCCCUGGGUUAGAUAAUCCAAAAUAUAAAACUUUGUACAAGGAUAUUAGAUUUGAUACAGCAUUAGGUAAAGCAGAUUUAUCAAAAGUUCGUAAAGAUUAUAAAUUCUUGGAUGAUUAUAGACAGAGUGAGAUUGAUCAAAUAAAUAAAAUGUUGAAAGAUCCAAAAGUUAAAAACAAAUUAAGUGAUAGAGAAGUAAGAGAUAUGGAAUAUCAAGCUAAAAGUUUAAAAUCAAGAUUAGAUUCUUUAAAGAAUAAAGAUCUUCAAAAAGAAGUUUUACAAAAAUAUAAAGAACAAAAUAAAGGUACUAAUGGUGGUAAAUUUUAUUUGAAGAAAAGUGAACAAAGAAAGAUUAUUCAAAAACAUAAAUUUGAUACUAUGAAGGCUUCACAAAGAGAAAAAGUUAUGGAAAGAAAGAGAAAAAGAAGAUUGGGUAAAGAAUUCAAACAGUUGGAAUUUAAUAAACCAAGAAAUUAG